GUUUAAGUAUGUGUUUGUUCACAAAGGAGAAGAAGACACGGUCAGACAAAACCAGCUUGAUAAAUCAGACUGUGCACCGUUUUCAUUCCAAAGCGACCUGAAACCAACACGCUGCCAUUGCCUAUGCCUGGCACAGGCUCUCUAAAGGACACAGUGUUUGCCAUUUUAACCCAGACCAACGCUGCUGAGUUCCCGCUCUGCAACACCCAGGACAGCAGACCAAAACACCAUGGGAAAUGAUACAACAGACUUCACCGACUUGCCAUAUACAACAGAAUUUGACUAUGGUGAUUCGAUACCAUGCAUGGGAACUGAGGAAAAGCACUUUGCAGCAAAACUUUUGCCACCACUUUAUUCUUUAGUAGUGAUAUUUGGCCUGACAGGCAACAUGCUUGUUAUCCUUAUCCUGGUAAAAUAUAAGAGGUUGAAGAGUAUGACUGACAUCUACCUGCUCAACUUGGCAGUUUCCGAUCUGCUGUUUGUAUUUUCUCUCCCUUUUUGGGCUUAUUACGCAGUUCACGACUGGAUUUUUGGGGAGGCACUGUGUCGAAUUCUCUCAGGUGUCUACCUCCUUGGCUUCUACAGUGGCAUCUUUUUCAUAAUCCUGUUGACUCUGGACAGGUACCUGGCCAUAGUGCACGCGGUGUUUGCUUUAAAAGCCAGGACAGUUGCUUACGGCACCCUCACCAGCAUCAUCACCUGGGCUGUUGCUGUUUUAGCUUCUGUUCCUGGGGUAGUAUUUCAAAAAACUCAGAAGGAGGGUUUACGUUAUACUUGCAGUGCUCAUUAUCCAAGUGAUUCCACAAUAAAUUGGAAGUACUCUUUUAUUUUAAAGAUGAACAUUCUGGGACUUAUUGUUCCAAUGCUCAUUAUGAUCUUCAGUUACUCACAAAUUCUUAAAACAUUAUUGAGAUCUAAGAGUGAGAAAAAACAGAAGGCAGUCAGACUUAUUUUUGUGAUCAUGAUCUUUUACUUCAUCUUCUGGACACCAUUCCAUAUUUCUUCUUUUUUGCAUACAUUUCAAGGUUCACUUUUCACUCCAAAUUGUGAUACCAAAGGCCAACUGGAGAAAGCAAUCCAAGUGACAGAAACAAUAUCAAUGAUCCACUGCUGUAUCAAUCCUGUGAUCUAUGCAUUUGUUGGAGAAAAAUUUAGGAAAUAUCUUCAUGCCUUUUUCCGAAAGUAUGUUGCAGCUCACCUUUGCAAAAAGUGUCCAAGUCUUUAUCAGGAAAAAUUAGAAAGAGUCAGUUCCACGUUCACAGCAUCCACUGCAGAGCACGACAUCUCUACUGGACUGUAAAAUUACAUCAGAACAUUAGUUAGUAAAUGUUGGACCACUUGCUUUGCCUUAAGGACUGCUUGAUGUUAUUUAAGAUCUUUAUGUCGACCACUACUGAAAACUGUACGACCCUCAAUUCUUGUGGUUAACUGUUCCCUGGGAUUACAGCAUUUUCCAUUGUUAAACUAAGAGAAUCAAUGAGUUCUCCAGGAAAUAUUAAUAGCAUAGCUGUAGCACAUCAAGAUUUGAAUGGUACCCAGAAUAGUAUGAUUCUGUUU